AUGCCCAACUACGUUAUCACGGAAGCUUCUAGGUGGGAAUUCCUCAGCCAACUGUCCAAGGAGCCCAACAACACAGUCAUCGAACUAGUCAGGGACAAGACUGCGACCGAGAAAAGGGUGUCGGAAGAAUUGCGGGGGCAGUCCAACGUACGUCUCGCGCAGGCCGAUAUCACCGGCUAUAGCUCUCUACAGCCUAUUCCAUCCUGCCAAAACGCAGACACAACCCAGUUCACUGGCAGUGGACUCGACUACCUGAUUGCUAACGCCGGUCUCAUGCCCCAGUUUGAUGCCUAUGAUCCUAUCGGAGUUUUGGGUCAACGACGCGAAGUCCUCGAAGAGUACUUGACGAAAUACUUCAAAGUCAAUGUCGUCGGCAACAUUCACCUCUUCAAAAUUUAUUCUGGUCAGGCGGCUCUGGACAUGAUCCCAAAUUAUAAGACAGAGGUGGCUUCGCUAUAUUCAAUCAGCAAGCCGGGCUUUAACACCGCGGUGGUCAAGUUCAGUGCACAGUAUAGCAAGGAGGGUGUGGUUUUCAUGAGCAUCUGUCCCGGGAUGGCUGACACAGGAUUAUUUGCCGCUGUAACCCUGGAACAGUUGCAAGGUUUGAUGGGAAUAUGGAAGUCAUUUGAAGAGUAUGCGCCUCAUUUCAAAGGCCCAAAUGGGGAUGGUGGUUCUUUUGUGUCGCACUACGGGAACCAACAGUGGCUUUAG